UCUCUCUCUCUCUCUCUCUCUCUCUCUCUCUCCCAGCUUUAGUCUGUUAGUGACUCAUAAGACUUACCUCAGAGUCUGGGUUGUCUCUCUCUCUCUCUAUCUCUAUCUCUCUAUCUCUCUUUCUCUCUCUCUUCCCAUUCCCGUUCCUGCUCCUAGAGAGUGAGUGAGUGUGGCGGUGGAUAUGGAGAAGCUGGAAGUUUUCCGGACUAGGUCAGCCACCACCAACUUGGACGCGGAGUCGAAGCGUAGCGCGGCGGCGGCGUUGACUGCGGCCCAUUUCCGGUCUCCAUGGCAACAGAGUGUUAAUGUGUUUGGCUCGUGGAGCAGGCCGGACUGUGUUCAGGAGCUCCACCAGGAGGCUCAGCUCAACCUGCAGAGUCUGCUGCAAGACUUUGAAGAGCAGCUGUAUGACACCAAGCUAACAGGCCAGACGUUCCGCCACCCCACAGUGUCCUCCCAGAGUUCUGACGAUACAUCCACCACCCUGUGUUGCUCCCCUAUCUCCCUCAACAACAAGAGACCUGAAUUCAUCUUCCUGCCGGCGUCUAAGGGGCAGGUGUGUGAGGAGGAUGAGACCUCUUCAGUAGGAAUCAAUAGGGGUGUAGACCCGUCCCCCUCUCCAUCACCCUGUGGGUCAGAUCGCCCUCUGGUGGGGUGGAGUAGUACCUCUCUAGGACCCCCCGUGGCCGAAAAACCCCGCUGGCACCUGGGACGACGGACACCCGCUCACCUGCUGCCCCUCGACGUCACAGUCCUGGGUGUAGACCUCCUCCAGGGCUCCUGUUCCCCCUCUCUGUCCCUGGGCUGCGGCGUCACCGGUCAGCCCCGGUCUCUGGAGCCCGUCUCAGACACCCCUGUCCAGCACCUUCCUCUGAGGAAGACCCACAGUGACCUGGACCCUAGCCUCAGCCUGCCCCAGUCCCCCCAGACCCCCCCUCCUAGCCUGGGCACCAUGGAGCACACUGCUGCCCUCCUCUGCUCCAACUCCCCCUCUCAGUCAUGGAACGGCCCUAAAGGCUCUACCUUCUCUCCUGGAGUCUGGAGUGAGGCCUAUAGUUAUAAUUUAGCCCCCAAUCCGCUAGGGAAGGGACCGGUGACCAUGCCCAAAACGGUGGGGAUGGUUGAGCGGGUAAGGGUGCAGGGUGAGGGGUUGAUGUGCCCCUCUCAGACCAGUUUGGAACUCUCCGGGAGCUCGGGGUCGCAGUCUCACUCUAGUUCGUUCACGUCGAUAUCGGAGCCGUCCGGUCACAGGCACCCGGGCACCAUCGUGAUGAUGAUGGGGAGGUGGAGUGAGACAGAGGGAGCGGCGGCUAGCCCCACGGGGGAACAGACGGGGUCAGAGACAGAGGGAGCGGCGGCUAGCCCCACGGGGGAACAGACGGGGUCAGAGACAGAGGGAGCGGCGGCUAGCCCCACGGGGGAACAGACGGGGUCAGAGACAGAGGGAGCGGCGGCUAGCGCCCACGGGGAACAGACGGGGUCAGAGACAGAGGGAGUGGCGGCUAGCCCCACGGGGGAACAGACGGGGUCAGAGACAGAGGGAGUGGCGGCUAGCCCCACGGGGGAACAGACGGGGUCAGAGACAGAGGGAGCGGCGGCUAGCCCCACGGGGGAACAGACGGGGUCAGACACAGAGGGAGUGGCGGCUAGCCCCACGGGGGAACAGACGGGGUCAGAGACAGAGGGAGUGGCGGCUAGCCCCACGGGGGAACAGACGGGUCAGAGACAGAGGGAGUGGCGGCUAGUUCCACGGGGAACAGACGGGGUCAGAGACAGAGGGAGUGGCGGCUAG